GCUGACGGCGUCGCACGCGGAAGUGAGCGGCGACCAGGCGGAAGCAGGUGAAGAUAAACAACAUGGCUCGUAGUUUUCUGUGCAGAGCAGCUGGAGUGUUUCAGCUCAGCAGGUCGACGACGACGACGCUGCUUCGAACCGGGACCCGUCUCUACUCCGACACCGAACCACCGGAGCCGCUGACGGUGAGACAGCAGAGCCACGGAAUCAGGAGAAUAAUCCUGAACAAUCCCAGGAAGAGGAACGCUUUGUCCCUGUCCAUGCUGGAAUCCCUCCGAGAGAACAUCCUCACUGACGUCGACAGUGAAGAUCUCAGACUUAUUAUAAUAUCAGCCAACGGUCCAGUGUUUUCCUCCGGACACGACCUGAAGGAGCUGACGUCGUCUCAGGGACGAGAGUAUCAUACCAAGGUGUUUCACACCUGUGCAGAGGUCAUGACUCUGAUACAAGACAUACCCGUUCCGGUGGUCGCCAUGGUGAACGGCGUCGCCACGGCGGCGGGUUGCCAGCUCGUCGCCAGCUGCGACAUUGCUGUGGUGACGGACAAGUCCACCUUCGCCACGCCAGGGGUCAACGUGGGCCUGUUCUGCUCCACGCCAGCAGUGGCCAUCGGCCGAGCGGUGCCGCGGAAGGUUGCCAUGGAGAUGCUGUUCACGGGAACUCCCAUCUCGGCCCACGACGCUCUGCUGCACGGUCUCGUCAGUAAGGUGGUGUCGGAAGAGCGGCUGGAGGACGAGACCAUGGCCAUCGCCCGGCGGGUGUGUCAGGCCAGCCGACCUGUCGUCGCCCUCGGCAAGGCCACUUUCCAAAGACAAAUGGCUCAAGGAAGAGAUGCUGCGUACGCCACCGCCUCCAAGGUGAUGGUUGACAACCUGGCCCUGAGCGACGGGCAGGAGGGGAUCCGGGCCUUCGUCCAGAAACGCAAACCAGUGUGGAGCCAUAAAGUGGAAAAAGCCCACGACUGAUGGACUUGAUGAUGUCACAGAUCACUACAGCAAUCGACUUGUUAUCCUGACAGGUUCACGCGUUUUUUCAGGCGCUGGUGUGGAAUAAUUAGCUCCAGGCCCGAGUCGGGGAUCGGGAUGUGGAACUGUUAACGUGUAGGUGUGUAAUUUGACAGAUGAUUGAAGUUUGAAACUUCCCCUGAGGAUUUCGUCCAUGUCUCUGAGACUUAAGUAGCUGAACAAUGGUUUGCCUUAAAAGCUGAUGUGUGGAAACACCGUCACCAUCUCGAGGAUUGAUGAUAUAACAGACUCAGAAUGACAAAGAAUGCUGCUCUCUCUCUAUAUAUAGUAUUUGUCUAAUGUUAAAUGCAAUAAAUAGAUAUAUAAUUAUGUAUUUUGAACAUUUAGAUCAUUUUCUGCAAAGACGAUGUUGAUCGUCUCAAUGGUGACUUGUCAGUUUACGCUCUUGAGAGAUGGAUAUUAAUAUGUUCUGUUACUCCACAAUAGUGGUUGUACCAAACUGAUAAUUAAUAUGAUGGCCAUAACAUACAGUAUCAAUAAAUUGAUAUUCUUAGAAAAUUAUUAAACAAAAUAAUUGUGACGGGUUAACUUAAUUUUACUUGUGAAGCCAGCAGGUUAAAUCCUACAAGCUUGCAAAUGUAUUUUUAAAAAAAUGUAUUAAUUAAAAAAAUCCCAAAAAGUUUGUGCGCUUACAUAAGUCAAAUCAUAUAAAAAUAAAUGUUUUUUUUAAAUUAUAAAAAAAACAAUAAAGCUGAAAUAACUAUGUUCUUUUGUCUUAUUUUAGAUUUACGCGUUUCGUUUUUUUUUCUCUUUCUAUCACGGAGUUGUCACUUCCGGUCGCCAUCUUUGUUUGGAUCGGGCAGCUGCGUCGAAGCCGCAAAUUACAAAACGGACCACAAACAUUUUUCGUUAUUUUUUCAAGCGGACGGAGAAACUUUUGAGGAGUGAACAUCGUAAACGGAGUGAUCAGUAUAAAUGUCGGAGGCUGGUGCGUCCUGCCGCAUCAUGAUGCGGCGCGACAGUAAGAAGGUCACAGCAGCAUCGACUCCUGCAUGGCAAACGCCUCCUGUGCGUGCCUGUAGUGUGGUCCUCCAAACAGCUGGGGGAGCUGUUGCCUAAUGACGGGCUGCUGCUGCUGGAACUGUGUCCUGUAGUGAAGCAAGCUGUCCGGGUUAUCGGGGAAAGUGAACUCCUUGAGCGGGGACAUCUGGGCCUGCUGGAAGCUGGGCGAGCGGGGCAUUCCGCCCGGCGACUGAGGGGCCAGCUCGUUCUCUGCCGCCCACUGGAGCACUUCCACGGACCGCUGAGGCCCACCUUCAGGCAGAACACACACAGUACAGAACGAUAUUCAGUGACGGACGUGCUCACAGUUCAGGAGACGACGGGGAAUGUCACUUCCUGUGAGUGUACAAAACAGUUUCCGUACCUGGCGCCGGCAGCUCCAGCUUCGCCCUCCUCAGCUCCGUCAUGGACGCCUGCAGCUGCUCCACCACCAGGUCGUCGUCCAUGUAGAAAUCUUUGGACAACGUCACCUGCAGAAACUCCACCAGCUCCUCCAUGGACAACUUCAUCAGGUGCUCUGCAACAACGACGACACACAGAUCAGACCGGUUGUGUCUGAGGGAGGAGAGCGGUGAGCGGGCAGAGGGAACGUUCUUACUCUUGUGCAGUUUGAGGAUGGUGUAGGACAUCGAGGGCAGAACUCGCUCUCCCUCCAUGAUGUAGAUGUCCCAGAUCCUGAGUGUGAGCGUGAACGGAGUCUGACCACAAACACAAAGCUGCCGCGUCUCUCACCAGGUGUUGUUUCAGUUUGGGCAUCGUCUUCUUGAGGAUUCGAUCGUGAUGCUCCUGGAAACGCAUCAGCUUCGGGAAACCAGGGACGAAAAACCCUGAAGCAGCUUGACCAGAGCCCAGAAGGCGUCUUCUUCGUUCAUGUAGAUGAGCAGCAGAGCCGUGAUCUGACUCAUGCCCUGACAGUAGCCCACCUCCUGCACAUACAGAGAGAAACACACCAUCAGUCGGGGGAACAACUUAUUUGGUCCUACAGACGUACGGUUCCACCCAGUGGGGCGGUAGAGGCGUAGUAACCUCUGCAGAGAGUGAGUGACUCACCGUGUUGUACAUGGAGUAGGCAGUGAGGACGUGGAACAGCGCCUGCUGCCUGAGAACAACAAACAGACCACCGUCAACACUGAACCCUGCAAACCAAUACACAGUGUAGAGACCAGGUCGCCAAUCGGUCUUCUUUUGGAAUCAGUCGGAGCAGAUUCACCUGAUAAUAAAAAGCCUUAUCGACUA